UGCCGAUAACUCAUAGAUUGUGCAUUUUACCUCACAGUGAGAUUGUGUUAUUUGUGAAAUUAACUUUUAUGAUAAUAAUUUAAGCGGACGUAAUGUACAAACAAACAUGAGGGUCGAAGAAAGCAGACUGCAUAUUGUCAUACAAGAAGCUGUGCUGUACAGGGUUCUUCGAACCGACGAGAGUCCCCAUAUUGAAGGCAUAAUCGCAAAAGACCCGUAUGCUCACUGUGACCUUGAAGAUCAUGUUGCGUCUGGGAGCAAGCGCGGCCAUCGGUCCCAGUUUAUCACCUUUACAACAGAUUUCAAAGCAGCCAUUGUAUACGGAAAAAGAAAUAUUACAAACAGGAAAAAUAUUAAAGCAAUAAGGGUCGUUGUUGUUGACCAAAACCAGUUACAAAGAGAUUAUAACCUCAGUAUAAAAGAUGUUUCCACCGGUGUAGGUUUAAACACUAGAAGGGCAAAAAACUUCGCCAAAAUGGCCAAGGAGGUUGUUGUUGAAGGCUUUAUCCAGCCUGAAUACGUCAUCGCUGAGUUAAGAGUUACUCCAUGUGAUUGGGGUAUACUGGACAUUAUAAGUAUCUAUGAAAGGCCCAGCUGGGCGGUAACAAUGGCGGAUCCCGUGAUACGUAUUUCAAGGAGAAAGCCACACAACCAACCUACAAACUACAGCACAUGGGGAAACGGUCACAGACAAGGAAAUGGCGGGAAAGAAAUUUUAGCUCUACUCGGCAUCAUGCUCUUUGCACUAGUAGUAUGUGGUUCGUCAAAUUCGGGGACUGUUGCCCUAACAGGGGGUCUCAUAUUUGCAUUAAUAGUGUUUAUAUGUUUAAAUUGAUUCAUCAAAGAUAUCGUUUGAAUAACUGCAAUGGAUUAAUAAUAGUAUUACAAGUGUGUGCUUUAACAAACGUUGGGGAGAAACCUUCCAUUGAUAAGAUAAGAUAAGAUAAGAUAAGAUAAGAUAAUCUUUAUUUAAAGUCGGUUAUGAUAAACAUAAACAACACUAGCUGAUAGCUAUUUUCCGACAUAAUAGAUUAUCCAGUAACAGACAAACAAAAGACCUGAAAAUAUUCAAGAUCAUAAUAUCACAUGUUAAUUAAAAUGUUAAGACAUAGGUUAUAAUGAGAUUAUAGGCUUCAUUACCAGAUACAUCAAAAGUUACAAGAUAAGACAUUUUUAUGAUUGAAAUACUGGUCCAAUGCAUUGAGUGAAAUUUAAAUAAAAGCAACAGUAAGACACAAAACAUGUAAUUUAAACAGCAAUACAUGUUUAAGUGAUAAGAUAGUUGUUAGCGGCUAUUACAAAGCAAUUCAACAUAUAGGACAGAUUUUUACUAUAUACACAAAUAAGAUGCUGGAGGUGAACGCUAACCGUUUUCUAAAAAAUAUAUAAGACGAAAAGAAAAUAAGACACUGAAGAAAAAUCACGCAUAACGAUGCAUCUAUAGAUAAAAAAUGGGUAUAAAAGAUCCUAUCAUCACCUCGGUCAGAUCUGUGGUGAACUGAUUAGCAUUCACUUCAAGCAUAGGAAUAAAACCAGACUACAGAAAAGCAAAAGCUUUUUGCUAAGAAAAAGAUGAUGCAUUACUUACAUACUAAAACAUUCUUCUAAUAAUAAAACAGGAACACACAGAAAUAAUAUGGCUAUAAGCUAUGAAGAGGUUAUUAUAUUGGUCAUGCACAUCAUUUGGAGAGUAUAUAAACAGAUAACAAAAGCACAUAGUUCACAUUUCAUGCAUAAAGCAACUAAGACACAUUUCAUCUACAGCUAUACAUUUGUUAUACAAGCACAAGCAGUGGUUAGUAAAGCUUACACGCACAUAAGGUAAAAGGAAUAACAGAAAAGCGGUUAAACUAUACACACAUAGAGCAUUUACAUUUGCUGCCACUCCAAGCAUGGAUCAGUCUCUUAAAUUCUUUGAAAUCAGUAGUUGUGCGUAAUUCGUUUGGCAGACUGUUCCAUACUUGGGUGGCCUCAAAACGAAAGCUUUUCUUACCAUAAGUAACUGUAUUUACACUUGGAAUGUCGAGCAUGUUUUUAUGUCUGAAAGAGUAAUGUUUAGAUUUAACAGAGACAAGUUCUUGUAUGUAAAUGGGAGAUAACUUAUGUAAGCAUUUGAAAACUUCAACAGCGAUUUGUCUUAGCCUGCUUAUAUGAAGGGUUGGCAUAUUUACCCUUUCUAAAAGCUGUUUAUAACUCGAUGUGUAAUCAUUAAAGACUAAUUUCAGAGCUCUAUAUUGCAAUUUUUCUAGUUUUUCAGUGUUUUGUUGAUUACAGAAAUGCCAUACUAAAGGGCAGUAGUUAAAAUUGGAACGGACAAAACAUUUGUAGAUAAGUAAUUUUGUAUCUUGUGUGAGAUACUUAGACAAUCUUGACAGGACAUUUAUUUGCCUGGCUGAUUUCUUACAAAUAGUUGCAACAUGAGCAUCAAAGUUUAACAGUGAAUCAAUUUCUACUCCUAAGAGUUUAACACUUUCUUCACAUUGUAUUUCUGAGUUUUCAAUUCUGAAGGAAUCUAUUUUACUUAAUGUGGACCUUCCGAUACAUAUUGAUUGAAAUUUAUCAGGAUUUGCUUAGAUCAUCUUCAAACCACUUAAUUAGGAUAGCACUUUCAGAUUCAAGAACUUGUUUUAGGUUGUUGAUGUUGGAAUCACAGUGAGAUAAAGUAAUGUCGUCAGCAUAGUUGUAAACUUUGGCUUGAUGAAUGAAAUAAAAUAUAUCAUUGAUAAAAAUAUUGAAAAUCAACGGUCCCAAGAUCGAUCCCUGUGGUACGCCUUUUGAUAUAUCCAUCCACUCACUAUGAAAAUCGCCCAGUUUUACUCUUUGCUUGCGGUUAGUCAAAUAAUCAUGCAUGAGGUCGGCAGCUUUUUCGGAGAGCCCAUAGGCUUUAAGUUUUAGGACAAUUAGAUCGUGGGGGAGGCAGUCGAAGGCCUUGGACAGGUCCAUCAGUAUAGCCGCUACAUACUUUUGGUUGUCCAGGGCCCUCUUCCAAUCCUCCAUUAAUCGGAGUAGAGUAGUUUGGCAACCAAAGUUUGUUCUAAAAGCUGAUAAAAAAUUAUGAAAAAUAUUUUCAAAAUGAAAACAGAGUUGCUCACUAACCGACUGCUCGAAAACUUUGGAUAUAGUAGGGAGAAUACUGACAGGUCUAUAGUUUUUCUUUUGGAAUGGGUCUUCUUUUUUAAAUAAGGGUGUAACUUGAGCAAGUUUGAGAGCAUUUGGGAAGUUUCCUGUUGCAAAAGAUGUGUUGACAAUAUUUG